CGUCUGUCUCCGUGGUUAUAGAUGAGCUCGUCACGAUUCAUACAAUCCUUCAAAACACCGUUGCGUGUGGUUCUUUUCUCCAGUUCAAUCAUGCUCAGGCUCAUCUCCAAAACGUCAAAAUCUCUGAUAAAUUACUCUGUUCCAAUUCAAAUUUCGCAUCUUCCCAAGCUUUCCGGCGGUUCUGCUCACGCGCUGCCGGGCACAACGAGCCUUUACUCAUCCCGUCCUUUUGUGAAUUCGUCGGAGUCUGCAACUUUCGCAGGUUUUAGUCGCAAGAGUUCGAUCGGUGGAAUGAGAAGCUACUGCAGUGAGUCGGUGAACAGAGAGUCUCUGAAUUAUGAUGUGGUGAUUGUUGGGGCGGGCCCUGCUGGACUAUCGGCAGCCAUAAGAUUGAAGCAGCUGUGCAAAGAAAAAGAUGUUGAUUUGUCGGUGUGUGUUGUCGAGAAAGGAGCUGAAGUAGGUGCUCAUAUAUUAUCGGGGAAUGUUUUCGAACCUAGAGCACUGGAUGAACUUCUUCCAAAUUGGAAAGAGGAGGAGGCGCCUGUUCACGUCCCUGUUUCUUCUGAUAAGUUUUGGUUGCUUUCUGAAACUCGUACUUUUCCCCUUCCAUCUCCGUUCAAUAACAGUGGAAAUUAUGUCAUUAGUUUAAGUCAGUUAGUACGUUGGUUGGGAGUGAAGGCUGAAGAAUUAGGAGUUGAGAUAUACCCUGGGUUCGCAGCUAGUGAGAUACUAUAUGACACAACUGACAAGGUAAUUGGCAUUGCUACCAAUGACAUGGGAAUUGCUAAAGAUGGCUCUAAGAAAGACAACUUUCAGCCUGGUGUAGAAUUAAAGGGCAAGUCUUAUGAUGUAAAACACUUUUUGUGUCUCCUUGCUCGAGCUCAUACAUUUUUUUUUCCUUGGGUUGGAGUCCUGCUUAAUGAAAAGGUUUUGCAUUUAUGGAGUGUUGGGACUGUGGGGACAAAGCUGGUAGCUUGUGAAUUUAGUGAAAAGGAUUAUAUCGGACGUGUGACUCUGUUCGCUGAAGGUUGUCGAGGAUCUCUAUCUGAGAAAGUAAUUCAAAAAUACAACUUGCGAGCUAAAGGGAACGGGCAACAUCAGACUUAUGCUUUAGGAAUUAAAGAGGUUUGGGAAAUCCCUGCAGACAAGCAUCGCGCUGGCACCGUGCUCCACACGAUUGGUUGGCCUCUCGAUCCCAAGACAUAUGGGGGUUCUUUCAUAUAUCAUAUGCAGGAUAGACAGGUGGCCAUUGGAUACGUAGUUGCAUUGAAUUAUCGUAAUCCUUUCUUGAAUCCUUACGAAGAAUUUCAGAAAUUUAAGCAUCACCCAGCCAUUAAACCCAUCCUUGAAGGAGGUACAGUUCUCGAGUAUGGGGCUCGCACUUUAAAUGAAGGAGGUUAUCAGUCAAUUCCCUAUCCAGUUUUCCCGGGUGGAGCAAUCAUCGGAUGUUCUGCCGGGUUCUUAAAUGUACCGAAAAUAAAAGGAUCACACACUGCAAUGAAAUCAGGUAUGUUAGCAGCAGAAUCUGUAUUCAGUACCCUCCAUGAAGGGACAUCAUUAGAGGCGUUCUGGGAAAGCUUAAGAAGUUCAUGGAUAUGGAACGAACUUCACCGUGCCAGAAACUAUCGCCCAGCAUUUGAGUAUGGUCUCUUUCCUGGUUUAGCAUUAAGCGCUCUAGAACAUUAUGUAAUGAGGGGAAGAUCACCGUGGACAUUGAAGCAUGGAAAACCCGACCAUGAGGCGACUGAUGAGGCACAACGGUGGAGGCCCAUUGAUUAUUCAAAGCCUGAUGGUGUUGUAUCUUUUGAUAUACCGACCUCUUUGUACCGGAGCAACACAAAUCACGAUCACGACCAGCCAGCUCACCUUCGUUUGGCAAACCCAAAAAUUCCUGAACUUGUAAACUUGCCUGUGUAUGCUGCACCAGAAACCAGAUAUUGCCCAGCACGUGUUUACGAGUAUGUAGUGGAUGAAACAGGUCACUCAAAGCUGCAAAUCAAUGCUCAAAACUGCUUGCACUGCAAGGCUUGUGAUAUUAAGGAUCCAAAGCAGAACAUAAAGUGGACAGUGCCAGAAGGUGGAGGAGGACCAGGCUACACAGUCAUGUAAAGAGUUGUUGUUUUAUGUAUAAUCAACCCUUCAUAUGCUUUUACAUGUGUUGGUAGUUUUGAACCCUUGCAUGUUAUGUAGCAGUCUUGCUUUCAUCCUCAAUAAAUGAGUUGUUUGCUGUCAGAAUAUGAUUCCAUCUUGACCUAAAAAAAGACAAAAAGGGAACAGGCCAAAAUGCAACAUUGUAAGGAGGAUGGUUCAAAAAUAAAUGAAUAAAUAAUUGUGAUUUUUUAAGAAACAGAAAAAGAAAAAUCUUGUGUAGUAAUUAGUGUUUUG